AAUAAUUUAAAUCUCUCAGCUACUUAAGAAACCUUGUUGGUGUAUACUCUCAUUGGGCGCUUGCUUUAGGUGGAAAUAGUUAUUUCUGAUUAUUAUACUUUGGCAUUCUUAUUAGUAAAUUCCUUCCAUGAUAGUUGAAGUUCUUCUGAGUACACAUCUUUUUACCCUGGCCGUUUCAAAGGUGAAUUAGGAGAAUAUCAUAUUCUUGUGGAGGUAGGGAUGGAGAGCUGGUGGUGCUUUUGAGAAGUCUCCCACCUGAUGAAUGAGGGUUCCUCAUCACCUAUGGGAGAGUCUCUUCAUGUUGGGUGAAGGUUAGGGACUUGGGAGAAGUCUACCCCCUGGAGUAAGUCCUUUUACUCCUGUUGCUGACUAAACCAUAUCAUUGAUUUUUCUUGCUAGGAAUAACUAGUAUCCUUUUUUGAAAAUAGAAUGGAAUCUCCUAGAGGCUUAAGAUAAUCUGUGUAACCUCCUAUGUAUUAAUGAUGAAAUUAAUUGCAUUGAAUUAUUUUAAAUAACUUCAAUUAGCCAUGAAGUUGUUUCUUGUAUCCUUAUGCAUAACCAAAGGAGACAACCAUCCAGGUUAAAAGCUCUCCAAGAGCAACCAUUCAGCAUUUUGUUUCAUUAUUCAAUCACACUCACAGCAGGGAAGUUAUUUUUCUAAUUUUACCUAAAUCUCACUUGGCCAUUUAAAUCCAUUUUUGUGAAGAUUUGUGCCACAGAGGGGAACAGCAAGUCAGAAUCUGCCUUAUCCUUUACCCUUAGCUUCAGUUGCUUUUAAAGUAACUAUUUUUUUUUCCUUUAUAGUCAGCAUUUUAUUUCACUCUCUUGACCUUUUUAUUAUUUCUUUGGGGGUUUUGUUUUACUUGUCUCCUCCCACCCCCACCCCCUUUUUAAAAAAAUAAACCAUAGAAUCCCUCUAAAGUAAAGGCAUUGGAGAGUUAGGGUGUGGGGACGUGGGGCCAAUGCCAGAGGCACCUCUUGUUGGGAUGAUGGGUUUUUAAGUACAGGCUUGGUUAAACACUCUGGUUUGCCAUGUCCCCAGUAGUCAGUUGGUGACUCUAGCUAUACUUUAAGCAACUAACUCAUGAUUGCAUGUCUUAAUCCUUCAGUGUUUUGGUAGCUUUUUAAUAACACUACUUUCUGUUUCAUGUUUGUUUGGGAAAAUCUCUCCUGGACCCUGGGCUUUUCUUUCCUUUGCUUUUAGCGUGUGGCUUUUUGCCAAAUUUUUUCCUUAAGUGUGUUUUUGUAUUUUUCAUUGAAUUGGAUUUUCUCAUGGACAUUUUAUUUUGAGUCAUUGUGGUACAACUGAAGGCACUGUUUUUAAAGGCACAUGAUUUGGACUCUCACUCUUGCCCUGCCAGCUUUGGACAUUGCCUAGAUAAGAAUUCUCAAACUUUAUAGUCUCAGGACCCUUUUGUACUCUUCAAAAUUACUGAGGACUCAAAUGAGCUUUUGUUUAUAUUGAUUAUGUCUGAUGAUAUUUACAAGAGUUAGAAAUUGAAACAACUUUGUAAAAAAAGUUUCAUCCCUAUAGACCCCUUGAUUCACACUUUGAGAACCAUUGUAUAAAAUGAUUUAAGGUAAUUUUCAUUUAGUAAUCCUUUGUAUUCUGCCACAUGAGCAUAUUAGCCUGUAUUUUUAAAUUAAAUUUUAUCCUUUAAAAAAAUGAACAAAAUUCACUUCUCUCCAUCCUACCUUUUACAAUAUAGAAAAAAUAACUCCUGUAAUAAAUAUGUAUAAUCAAUGAAAACAAUUUACAUGUUUACCAUGUUUUUAAGAAAAUGUUUUAUUACUAUCAGUCAUAAUAUUUAUUAGUUUAUUUAUCACACAUUUACUGGCAUAUGCCUUCUUCUAAAUUAUUCUAUAAUAUGAAAUAAUUCUUAGCACCAGGUCUGAGACUAAAGGGUUCCCAGUAGAUUUCUACUUACUUGACACUGAAACAUUGUUCACAUUUUCACUUACCUGAGAACUAGAUUCUGCAUCCAUUCAAAUUAGCAAGGUACUUAUUAAAAUUACUAAAAAUAAAUAUGACUAGGUGGAAGAAAACAUGAAAAGACCUAGCAAAGAAGUGGUGACGUUUUAUAUGCUCUCAGUGUUGUGGUGAUUAAUCAAUACUGUGGCAUUAUUGGGCUAUUGAUACAUAAUUUAUUGUAGUGUCUUCCUGAAUCUUUAUGGCUAUUGUCUUUAGUGUCAGCAAAUUUGGGAAAUCUGUGAAGGUGGGCAUUAAUUAUCUAAGGGAAUUAGGUUUAUUUAGCAUAAUUACAACCAAAAAUAAUUAAAGUCUAAUUAAGGCAUUUAAGUAACAACUAUUAUAUGCCCCAUGAGGAGUAGGUAUAUUCAUAGGGUACUUACAAAUCUUGUUGUGUUCAAAGAAAAACAAAGUCAAAAUUUAAAGACUAUAAUAAAGCAUAAAAACAAAUAUUAAAUGUAGCAGAGUUCAAACAAUCCCUUCAUCGAAACCGUUCCCAAAGAGUCAUUGAUUUUGAUGCCCAUGUGCAUAGACCAUGUGGAAGCACAUUUAAUUAUAUUAUUAAUAUUCAUUUUCCUAUUUCUCAUUUGGAGAAAUGGAAGAUAUUUGAAACUAUUAAGAUGUAUUUAGAAAUCCUUGGCCUCAAGUCUAUGAAUAUUUCCCAAGGAAAAAUAUCAGCUGGAUUUAUUUCUUGGUAUGAAAUCCUUUUCUUCUUAUUUUUCUGUUUGGGCAAAUCAUGUUGUAUCUUUGGUCUCCCUUAAUUUGUUUUUAUGGGUUAAGCCCACAUCAAAAAUCUGUCUCAAAUAGAGAGAUAGUGUAAAUGAAUAGAUUCUUGCACUGAGGAUCAGGAUGCUUCUUUCCCUCCUGGCAUUGACACUUGGCUGUUUUGGGGAAUCAGGUUUAGUGACCCUAGUUUUGUCACUUAGAAACAUGGAAUGAUUUUUGUCCUGCUUCCUCAGACAGUGUUGAGGAAUGUAGUAGCAGCUUUAAAGCACUAAACAAAUGAAUGUAUUAUUAUAGUUUUUUGAGUGGAGGGAGACCUUGACCUUUUGUUUUUUAAGCCUUUUUUCCUGGAAUGUGUAUACCUUCCCUCCUGUCUGCUUUUGUCAUUGGCCAUGGCAUGGUCAUAGCAUUCUGUCAUCGUUAUCAGGAUAAAGUAUAUCUUUUCAGUUUUGAUUUAAAGUUAUCCUACAAAACAGAAUGUCAGACUUUGAGAGGUGUCAUUCCAAGUACAUAUUCUCUUAUUGUAAAAGAGUAGGAAUUGGAUGGGCUAGCUAAUUCUUGCUGCAGGUCACUGGUUCUUCUCAAUGAAAGAUGCUCAUCAUUCCCAGACCUUUUAAAAGUGGCUCCCAUUCCCUUUGUGCAGCUCUCUCUAUGUAUAUACUGUGGCCUGCUUUCUUGCUUUGGCCAAAUGUUUUUAAUCUGCUUACUACUGAGCAGAGCAAAUAGAGCUCCAGUCAGAAUUCAGGAAGCACAGACAAUUCUUUGGCAACUAUACCUAAUCUGAAUCUAAGCUUUAUUAAGUUAUGCCCUAGUUGUCUAGCAGCUAUGAGCUUCUUAAAUCAGAUGCUUUUGCUACUUUUCACCAAUAGCUAGAGCUACUGUUAGAUGUUGUAUACUCUUUGUUAAUAGUUUAGUGUUUUGAAGACAUUUUUUCCCUUUGGUAGAGAGUGACUAUUUAAUGGUAUUGCCAGUCCUUAUUAUAUUUUGAACCCCUUUGGUUUUUAUAUGUUACAAUCAUCUAAAGGGUUUGAAAAGCCUGAGGGCAGGCUACCAGGGCAACUGGAAUAAGGUGUACAAAAGCUACUGACAUUGCCUGAUUGCUUUGUGACUCUGUUGCCAUCUGGAUUGUAUUUAGUCUUGCUUACAGCGCUCUCUGUUUUGCUUGUUAUACUAUGUUGGGGAGUAGUCCUCUGUUUUGUACAUGGCUAAUGCUUUCCAUGAAAACGGCUUGUUACAUCAGCUAUGGAGUUCUGGGUCAGGUCUUCCUCUGUGGUGUGCACCCAAUGAUCUCCCUUCACCCUGCCACAUGACAAAACCAAAAUAUAACAGCUUACCAGCCAAAAACUAGUAGCCCUGUACAGGGACUUGGUUUCAGCUAUUUAAGAUUACCUUUGACAGUGGUCAUCAGCUUAAUUCUGUGAGCAAUAUCCUCUUGUUUCAUUCAAAGGAUGAGCAUAUUUUUACUCUAUCACUCACAGACAAGGAAAUGUGGGGUUUUUAGAGUCUGCCUGUAUACAGCAGCCCCCCUUCAAUACUUGUUCCUGAAGAUAUCUCCUGGCUUUCAGGUUCCCAGCACCUUUAAUACCUUGACUUCUCAAGCUCCUCUACCAUGCCAGCCAUGCCAUAAUCCUGUGAUAAGACCAAGCCACAGAAUGGAUGCUGAGUAGUUGGCAGAGGGCAGAAUCUGGCCCUGAGAGUCCUGCAGGAUCGAGUUAAGUGAGAAGUGUUAUUUUUGUGAAUAAUUUUGCCUUUGGUCCUGAGGUGGAUCACCAACUGAAGGAGCGAUUUGCUAAUAUGAAGGAAGGUGGCAGAAUCGUAUCCUCCAAACCUUUUGCACCUCUAAACUUUAGAAUAAACAGUAGAAACUUGAGUGAUAUUGGCACUAUAAUGAGAGUUGUGGAACUAUCACCACUGAAAGGGUCUGUUUCAUGGACUGGCAAGCCAGUUUCUUACUACCUGCAUACUAUUGAUCGAACCAUACUUGAAAACUAUUUUUCUAGUCUCAAAAAUCCAAAACUCAGGGAGGAGCAGGAGGCAGCCCGACGCCGGCAACAAAGAGAAAGCAAAAGUAACACAACAACCCCCACAAAGGUCCAAGAAAACAAGGGAGCUGUUGCCUUGGAACCUCGCAUGGAUUCUGGUGCUGAAGAAGAUAAAAAUGGGGCGGCUGCUCUUAAGAAGCCAUCUCCUUCCAAGCCUCGAAAAAAGAAAUUAAAUAAGAAAGGAAGGAAGAUGGCAGGAAGAAAGCGUGGGCGUCCCAAGAAAAUGAGUGCUGCAAACCCUGAACGCAAAGCCAAGAAGACUCCAACUGCCUUGGAACUUCUGCAUGCUCAGACUGUGUCCCAGGCAGCUGCAUCCUCUCCUCAGGAUGCAUACAAGUCACCUCAUAGUCCAUAUUACCAACUACCUCCUAAAGUACAACGGCAUUCCUCCAAUCAGCUAUUGGCAACACCAACUCCGCCUGCACUCCACAAGCUUUUAGAAUCUUUUAAGGUUCAGUACCUGCAGUUCCUGGCCUACAUGAAAACCCCUCAGUACAAGGCAAACCUGCAGCAGUUGGUAGAGCAGGAGAAGGAAAAGAACACUCAGUUGUUAGGUACAGCCCAACAGUUGUUCAGCCACUGUCAGGCCCAGAAAGAAGAGAUCAAGAGAUUGUUUCAGCAGAAGCUUGAUGAGUUGGGAGUAAAGGCUCUGACCUACAAUGAUCUGAUACAAGCUCAGAAAGAAAUCUCUGCCCACAACCAACAACUAAAAGAACAGACAAAGCAACUAGAAAAUGAUAACAGUGAACUCAGGAACCAAAGCUUGCAGCUGCUUAAGGCUCGGUGUGAAGAGCUAAAGCUGGAUUGGUCUACUCUCUCACUGGAAAAUUUGCUGAAGGAGAAGCAGGCACUGAAGAAUCAAAUUUCUGAGAAGCAAAAGCACUGUCUGGAGCUUCAGAUCAGCAUUGUGGAGCUUGAGAAAAGCCAAAGGCAGCAGGAGCUACUGCAGCUGAAGUCCUACGCACCGGCUGAUGAUGCCCUGUCCGUCCACCUUCGAAGUAAAAGCACUUUUAGCAGAGAGCUGGAGACUGACCCCACAAGGUUCCAGCUGGAGCUUGAAUGCUCCAAGUUGUCUUUGCCCCACAUCAGUAGCAUGAGCCCUGAACUAUCUAUGAAUGGCCAUGCAACCACUUAUGAGAUUCAUAGUAUGCUAAGCCGACCUUCUUCCAAACAAAACACUCCACAGUACCUGACCUCCCACCUGGACCAAGAAAUAGUUCCUUGCACCCCCAUUCAUAACAACAGACAGAAGGCAGACAAGUUGUCAAGUUUGUCCUUACCUGACUACACCAGGUUUUCCCCUGCUAAGUUAGCUCUAAGGAGACACUUGAAUCAGGAUCAUGUAGUCCAUGGAAAAGCUACAACUAAUGAAAUACACCACAGAGCUGAACAUGCAAAAGAGAAUGGCCUUACAUAUCAGAGUCCUGGUAUUUCAAAUGGCCUAAAGCUGAGCCCUCAGGAAACUCGGCCUUCCUCCCCCUCGGCCUUACAGAUUGCAGGAGAGAAGAGCAGUGACAAGGUUUUAAAAGAGAGAGCCUAUGCCAGCAAUGGAGAAACAAUCACCAGCCUACCUAUCAGUAUUCCUCUCAGCACAGUGCAGCCCAAUAAACUUCCUGUCAGUAUCCCAUUGGCCAGUGUAGUGUUGCCUAGCCGUGCGGAGAAAGUGAGGAACACACCUAGUCCAGUUCAUCAGAAUCGAGAGUCUACUUCAGCAACACUUGAAAAACAGUUUGGUGCUAAUUCCCAUAAUGGUAUGAACAGUGCUGUAGGAAACAAGUCCCUUGCUUUGGCUACCUCAGGUUUUUCUUAUACUGGCUCCUUGGCAGUUAAUGGCACCCUUUCCAGUAGCCCAGCCCAUCUUAACCAUGGUGCUGAGCAGGCAGCCCUAGAUGAUUCCUCUAAUUCAGGGAGCCUCUUUAAUUCAGUGGGUUCCCGGAGUUCUACACCACAACAUCCCUCUUUACUCAUGAUGCAGUCCCGCAACUCUGGCCAGAACUCUCCAGCCCAUCCACUUGCUGCCAGCCCACGUCUCAAUGGAGCUUCUCAAAGCCUGAUGGGGAUCUUGCAGUUCUCGGAUAGUACAAAAUUGUUCUCUGAAGGUAACAAGGGGGAUCUCCCACUAGAUUCAGGCUUUUCAGAUCCUGAAAAUGAAGUCAAGAGAAGAAUCCUCUUUACAAUCUCGACCAAUACAGGAAACAUGAAGCAGUCUCCUUCCAACAAACACAGCCCCCUGGCAGCCAGCAUCCGCGCGGAUUGUGGACAGGCUUGUGUACAGGAGGGCAAGAAGAGAGGCAGGAGGAAGCGAUCUUCUACAGGGAACCCCGGAGCAAACUGUGCAGUAUCUCCCAAGCGUAAGCCCUUACCAUCUGUGGCAGGCCUCUUUACCCAGUCUUCAGGCUCACCUCUGAACAUCAACUCUAUGGUCAAUAACAUUAAUCAGCCUUUAGAAAUAACAGCCAUUUCCUCCCCUGAAAACUCCCUGAAGAACUCUCCUAUUCCUUACCAGGACAACGACCAGCCUCCCGUGCUGAAAAAGGAGAAGCCCUUGAUCCAGACCAAUGGGGCACAUUACUCACCCUUGACCUCUGAUGAAGAGCCAGGAUCUGAAGAUGAGCACAAUAGCAUCAGGAUUGAAAGGAAAAUUGCAACAAUCUCUUUGGAGAGCAAAUCUCCCCAGAAAACAGAAAAUGGUGGUGGCCUUACGGGAAGGAAGCAAACCCAGCUGACCGAGAGCGUCAACAGUAGUAAAUGGAAGUCUACCUUCUCACCAAUAUCAGACAUCAACCUUACCAAAACAUCUGACAGCCCCCUACAGGCAGCUUCGUCCCUGAGCCAGAAUUCCCUCUUUGCCUUCCGUCCAUCCUCAGAGGAUACGAUGGCUAUCGAUGCCAAGAUCUCUGUGCACACAAGGAAAAACUUCCCCAGUUCAUUGUCUGGGACGGAUGGCCUCAGCCCUAACACAAACUCUUCCAAUGGAUUUUCAUAUGCCGGGGGCUUGUCUGCUGCUGACAUGAGUUUACACAGCUUUCACGAUGGUGCUUCUCUUUCUCAUAAGACUACCGAGGUGGCCAGCUUAAACUCUCCCCUGGGUUUUCAGUCACAGCGGAGCAAAGAUAGCUCAGAUGCCAACCCUUUCCUGAACAAGAGGCAGCUGGAUGGUCUGGGAAGUAUGAAAGGGGAAGAGUUACAGAGAUCUGGGGGCAGAAGCAAAGAGGUGCUCGACCUGGGCUUGCAGCUGGGGGGUCCUUCUGACAAGGUCUCCCUGCAACACAAUGGCAAGGCUGGCAAAGGACGGGACCGGGAUUUGGAGUUUAAAAAUGGCCACAAUCUUUUCAUUUCUGCUGCUGCUGUUCCUUCUGGGGGCCUCCUCAAUGGCAAAGGCCUUUCCACUGCAGCUUCCACCUCUGGCCAUCCCACUUCUUCCGUUUCAACACACCACCCUUUUUUGAACACUUUUACCACUGGAUCCCAGUUCCCCCUGGGCCCUAUGUCCCUGCAGGCCAACCUCAGCUCGGUGGCAGGCUCCUCAGUAUUGCAGUCUUUAUUUAAUUCCAUGCCCGCUGCUGCCAGUUUGGUCCACGUGUCAUCAGCUGCGACCAGAUUGACAAAUUCUCACGCUAUGGGAAACUUCUCUUCUGGGGUUACAGGUGGAACAGUUGGAGGUGUUUUUAACCAUGCGGUGCCUUCUGCCUCUUCUCAUCAAUUUGGAGCCAGUUUCAGCAGCAGUGCUGUCUGUAGCAGCACCAUGCUAAGCUUAAACCCAAUGCAGGCUGUGGUCACCCCCACUUCCUCUUCCUUCCAGGCCCCUUCCUCUAGCAUAGGAACAUGUAGCGAGGCUCGAGCCCCUCAACCCCUGAACCGAGUGCCCGUGCAGCCUGUUCUGCACCCUCCUCCUGCUCCUCCUCUUGCUAACGUCUCAUUACCUCCCCCCCCUCCAUUACUCGCUGCUUCUAACCCGGAGCCGGGGCUUCUGCAGACCUUAGCAUCCAUUCCCUCUAACAAAGCUUUUGUCUCGCCCUCUUCAGCUGCUUCUCUCCAGGCUAACGCUUCUCUGUCUAUCAAGCUCGCUUCCCUCCCCCACAAAGCUUCCCGCCCUUCCUUCACAGUCCACCACCAGCCUCUGCCCCGUUUGGCCCUGGCCCAGGCUGCACCCGUCAUCCCGCAGUCCAACGCCGCUGGCCCACCCGCUAUGUGGGUUACCCUUGGCAUGCAGUCUCCUUACGCUUCGCACCUUUCUGGGGUUAAGCCGCGAUAAAGAGCUUGCUUAGCUAGCAGUUCAUAUUGUGUAAGGUAACUAGAAUUUCUACCUCAACCCCAUGUGACCUAUGCAAGGACAUCGUGGACCAACUCACUCAGCUUCCACUGAAAGGUGCUCACCUGGCCUGCAAGGGUUUCAACUCACAAACUACUGGAUGACAACAUAAACAAACAAAAAGUACGACAGAGUAAAGAAUAUUCUACUGUGAAUCGGAGUUUAAAAAAAAGAAACUGCAGAAGAAAUGGCUGAAAGGCUCCAGUUUGUAUUGUCAAUAGUUUUAGAUAAAGUAUUUAUCAUUUUUUAAAAAGUAAAAACAAUUUUGACUUAUUUUAUUCCAUCUAAGUCAUAAAAGGCAACUUAUUAAGAAAAUAUAAAUAACUAUAUAUAAGAAAAUAUAUAAAUAAAUAAGAUAUAUAUAAAGGACUGGCACACCAGCAGAGAUGUCAACAGCUUGUUCUCGGUGCUAUUUCAUCCAUCAGAACUGUGCCUCUGUAGUUCUCCUUGGUGCUGACUUUAGAGGGUUGACCAAUGCCAAAUACAGUUCAUGGGAAAGUCUGCUUUAUUUAUUCAAGUCACUCUGUUCAUUUACCAAAGGCUACACCUGUCCUGAAAAAGUGAGGGCAAAAAAGUUGAUGUGUGGGUUUGGGGCCUUGGUGGGUUUUGUUUUGUUUUGAAAAACAACUCCUUUAAGCAGCUGUGUUUAUAUGACUGUCCUUCACUUUCUUGACCAGCUGCUAUAGAUAGCCUGGUCUUUAGUCCUUGUUACAAUCCACUCAGACAGUUUAUCUUGAAUUGAGAAUACCUUAAGCUAGUUUCACUGAAUGUUUUACUUGUCUUAUACCACCCAUCACUGAGUUCCCCUGUCACUGUGAAUUUUGCCUGCUAUAUUGUUAAUUCUUUCAGCCCUUUUUUGGCAGGAUGUCAUUGGCAUAUGAACAGGGUGCAUAAUUACUGGUGUUGGUCAGGCCUAUUUUAAUUCUACAUGGCAACAUUGGAUAUUAAUUUCCAAGCUGGGGCAAGUUUUGAUUUCUCAGCUUUUGUUGUUUUUAUUCAGAGUACUCUGUAUUUUGUCAGUAAGUUUUUGAUACUUGACCCCCAGAUGGCUUGGCCUUUGUACUAAGUGCAUUCACUUUUGUAUUUCUUUGCUUUUCAGUAGGUUAAAAUGGUAGUUCUCGCACACGCACACAUUCACACAAAUCCCACACAACUAUCUUAUUAAGCACCGAUCUGAUGAUGUGGCGACAAAAUUAUUUGUCUUGUGACCUGGUGUUCUGUGUACAGAAAAGUGUCACGCUAAGGAAGUGACGGUAUUUUAUAGAGAUGUGAUGAAAAUUUAUAAAUUUCAUAUACUUGAUUUCAUUUAUUUUUAGAUUGUAUAAUGCACAGUAAACUUUUAAAAAAGAGAGAGGAAAGAAAUUACAAAACAUUUUUAUUUAUUCAAGUGCACAAAUAAAGGGUAUAGGUUCCAUUUUUAAGCUCCUCAUUUUGAGACUUGGUAUCCUGGACUGGAACAAGUACUCAAAUAGGAAAUGGCAAUAACCACAAAUUGCCAUACUAUAUUGACUAGACCCAGCGUCCCCCUGCCUAAGCAAGUGUUCAGUCAGAGCCGACAGAGGCUUUGGAAGCCUUUUGACCUCCUUAGAUCCAUUCCUACAAAACUUACUGAAUGAAGCAUCGGCAGCCCUAGGAUGAAGAAACACAUUUCCUCCUAAGCUGUUCUUAUCUACCUUGAUUAAUUUCUUCUGCUUGGCCACAUCGUGUUAGGCUUCAUCAAUUAAUUAGUAAUGAAUUAAAUGACUAAUCUUGAUAGUAUUUCCUUUAUUUGUGUCUCUCUGAAUCAGGUUAUUGCCUAAAACCCAGCAUGUUGUGUCUGGGAAUGUUCUCAGUGUAGAAUUGUGUUUAGAUUCCAGUUGCUGGAUUAGGUAUUCCAAGCUUCAGCCUCUGCUACAGAGUUCCCCAGCUGGUGAUUAUCCCUGUUCUUCAACCCUCUUCUCUCCUUCCCCCCAUCCCUAUCCCUGCACUGAGCCACAGGGAGGUGAAGGUUUCACUGUCGGUACUCAGCAAAAAUUAGCAUGUUGAGUAGGACUGUUGGGAAGAAUUGAGUGGAGGAGGAGUUGCAGAAGAUACUCAGAAGGGCAGCAGACAUGGUGUCUGGGGAAACUGUCCAUGGUAGCUUCUAGUAGAAGCUGGAAAUAUUCCCUGGAAUCCAGGAAGUCAUGAAAUGAAGCCUAGUAACUCAUGAGUUGUCCAGCUUUCAGUUUUCCUCCCAGAUGUCCUGUGUGGACCUUGACCGUCAGGAGGUGUAUCUCCUGGCAUAGGUUCCCCUGGAGGCCCAAACCUGGAUGCAUAUCUUUUGGGUCUUUUGGAAACCUAUAAAAAUUUAAUAUGCUGAAGUAGAGGUGAGAGCAGCCUCACUGUGCUAUCUCCUGACAUUACAGAGCUGCUGUUUUGUAAGGCAGUGGAUGUGUUUUUGGAGAAGGGAGGGCAAUGUAAAAUGGUGAGGCCAUUGCCAUUCCUUGUGCUUUGUUUAAAUGGGGAUUCAGGAUUAGGAAAAACACUUUCAUCAUUGCUCAGAUCAGCUCAAGACUGAGGGUAGUCAGGAUCUGCAUGGAAAAUCAGUGGUGACCAAAAUUGUUCCCAAGUUUGAGUCCAACUGGUGACCAGAAUUAAGCGUGAGACUAUUUGGCAAAUCUGUUUAUUAGUAAAUUCAUCAGUGUUUCUGACUCAAAGUUGAGACCCUUGGAGUUAGUUGGUCAGUUGUCCAGCUUCUGUCUGGAGGUUCAGCACCCCCAGGUCUCCCCCUUUGCCCAGUUUGCUAGCAGGCUGUCAUUACUCUUCCCUCAGCUGCUUUUCCAUAUAGAAUCCCAAGAGCAAUUCUCAUAGGAACAUCAACCAACAUGUUGAGACCCUUGAGGGUAAUAAUUUGUUUUUAAAGUCUACUUCAGAAAGCCAUUGGGACCCAGGCAUCCCAGUACUUAAAGCACUGAUUCUAGUACUUAAUCUCCAAGAGUUUCUUUUAGAAGAGUGCUCACCCCCCUGGGCAUCUUUACUGCUUAUUUUUACGUUGACCUGAUGCCCAAGUAUGGAUGUUUUGAGGCUGCUGGGAGAGAGGAGUUUAUCUGUGGAUAGUUUGGAUCUAACCUUCCUGGGCCUGAGGGCAAAUUAAAGAAGGAAACUAGCUCUACCAUUGGACUUUUCUGGAGUCAGCAGCAGAGGUGAAACCUUAGGUCUAGGAAGACUGUUUUCUGAAUGGAUUCUAGGCUUUAUGCUUGAUCCCUCCAGAAAAGCUCUGGUAUGCCAAGUCUCAACUGACUGAGUCACUUUUCAGCUAGAAAUUGAAUCUCAUGCAGGGGUCUGAAUAAGGCCUGAGCUUGGACUUUCUUUUUCCUCAGGAGUUAAGUCAAAAUAGGAAGCUAAACAAUUAAAAUUGUACGUUGUGUUCCCACAAUUUUCAUAUCCCCAGGAUGUCAGUUAAUUCACAUCUAAAUUCAUAAAUGUUUAGAGAGCAACUUUGUAAACCCAUGUUGAAUGUUUCUUCCCAGUAUAAGGAGUCUAUGUCCACGUCAAGUUUUGCUGGUUCCACAAUAAUAGCAAGUCGUUUAAAAGAGUUGCAAAAGUGUUGGCUCGUCGCUCCAGUUGAGGACAUUUGACAUGCCACCCCCCAGCCCAUAAAGAUUUUAUCCUGGUUUAUUGAGGGGAUGGGUGGACCAUUUGAAGAGAAUAUCCUAAGGGCUUUAUGAGGCCAAGAGACAGUGGUGCUGAAUUGGCUUAGGAGUUCAAAGCUUUGAGAAGUUCUGGAGUGACUGAUGUUUUCCAGUGAUCUUCCUCUCUCUGUUCUUUGAGGGGAAAUCCAAGACAGCUGCAGACCCAUGAAUGUUGAGUGAAUAGGCCAGGAGUAACAGGGUAUGCCCAGUUGGGCAAGAAAGGCCUGAAAAGUAUGAGAUUGAUCCAUUUCUUUCUCUCUCUGCUCCACCUGCCCCAUCUCUCCUCCCACUUCUCUCCCCAACCCGAUAAAGAUUAUUAUUGAGCAGAAAUGGAGGCUGGCUGGCUUCUGGGUCAGCUUGUUCUGGAGUCCAUGUUGAAUUAGGUCUGAGUUCCCCUUAGGCAUGUUGUUAAGGGUAUUCCUACAUUGGAUGAUCAUAUAUCUGGGGUUUUCUGUUUCUAAACUUUUAUAGCUGUCCCCAGUUCUUUUAGGUUCUCCUGAUAAUUUUUCCCUGAUCAUAUUUUCUGUUUUCAUCUUCAGUAGUCUAUCCCUCAUCAUUGGAAAGGCUCUAAGCUAUUGGAUCUUUGGAGAACACCUACUUUCCAUAAGUUGGUAGCUGCUGGAGAUUUAUAGCUGGGGUUUGGAAUGCAGUUGUAGAUGGGGAGGGCCCUCUCAAAAGCUAGCAGACUGCCCUGAAAAACUUUGUCUAGUGUUGACUUUUUAGUAGUUUCGAUUGUCUGCAAUCUGCUUGAUGAUGAGAACAUGUCGCAUUUGUAGGGGUGGCUCAUUUUUCCCCCCCUUUCUGCCCAAUUCCCUACAAGUUCUUAGAGGGUGACUAUUCCCCUCAGAAAACCUGGCAUGAAGCAGCAUAGGAACAGGACAAUUCUGGGCAUCUCUCACUUGCUGUCUUGCACAGUUGGAUUGGGGGUGGGAAACAAAAUUGGUCUGACCCCUUACGGAACUCAACAUACUUGACUUGGGCUUUAGAGCAAAAGACCAGUUUUAAAGAUGGUGCUAUAUAUCAGCUCUUAAAAAAAAACCCACAACUUAAUAUUCAAGAGGGAAAUUGUCCCCUCUCUCCUUCCUGUGAAGUUGGUGCUCUCCUUGCUCCAGGUGCUAUGCUGUGGAUAGAUGAGCUAGGAAUCAUCCAAUCCCUUUCGGCAAACAUAGGCCUUUCCUUUCCCUCUUGGCCUCCUAGGUUAAGGAGCAUAUCUAAGUUCCGAGUUCUCAGCACUGAUCUCCAAGGCCCCUUCUUUCCUCUUCCUGGUCCUUCCCUACUUCUCCUGGCUGGAAGCAAUUAGGUAACAUCUCUGCCAUCUUCCCCAGCAGUAGCUCCUAUUCCCUGUACUCAGUUCCCAUGAGAGCUAGGCUCUCACCUGCUGAGGGAAGCAAGUGUCUCUGGGAAUUGUCAUUGCAGCACUAAUGCAGGGAAAAGGGACACAUUCAGUUAAUGUGUGUUUAUCUAAAAAGAGUUGUUAGAGAGUCCUUCUGUACUCUCAAACAGCAGUCUUUUGAACAGUGGCUGGUUGUCUUUCACAAACAUGUUGGGGAAAUUGUUUUGUGCCAUUUUUGUUUCUACUUUCUACAUAAAAAAAAAAUGUGUAUACACACAUGCACACACAUAUUGACCGGAGUAUUGCAAUAUAAGACAUUACUCUGGCUACCAGAGCAGGCGCCUAAGAAUAACCUGAACAAUACUCUCAGUACAUGGCACUUGUGAAACUCUUUAGGGAUUGAAAAAGUGUGUGUGUGUCACUCUAAAUGCUGAUGAAUGAUUAUAAUGUAUUCUACAUUAUUAACCCUUCAGGUUGCCCUGUGACUCUAAGGUACACCUGUAUGCUUCACUGAGAUUAGCCUUUCAUAAAGGUGCUUUUUAGGAGACAGUGGGGGAAGGGAGAAAUGAGAUCUUCAGCUUAUGAGAGUUCAAGGUUUUGCAUCCCUUUAGCCAAUUGGUCAGCUUUUGAUUUUGUGAAAACUCUUUGGACUUUGUUCUUUCCAGAUGGCUUUUAGGCUUGGGAUUCUGAGCUGUUGGAGAGCAGAGGGUUCUUAAGGGAAAUGAAGUAGGUUAUGAAAUUACUGUUGCUCAGGAAUUGGUUUGUUAAACUUUUUAACAACUAAAACAAUCCCUUCCCCAGAGUGGAUUAAAAAAAAACAAACACACCCACCUCUUGCUUAGGACAUGUGCUUUGGGAUGGUUCCUAGUCAAUAGGAAUUAGUUUAUAUUAUAUGCUUUAGUCUAUGAAUUUGUGACUUAUUUAAAAUUCAAAUUGUUUCCCUUAAUUUAUGUCAAUACAUUGUCAUUCCGUUCAUUUUUUAGUAGGAAAUAGCUAAUCCUGAUCCUUCUCCCCUCUCAUGCUUGUAAUUAAUUCUUCACGGUUCCGAAAUUAAAAUGUUUUCCCUUCUGUUGGUUUCAGUUCCUCAUCUUAAUUUGUAAUUGAAAAGAUGCUUUUAAGUUUGCCUUUAUAUUAAGAUCUGUAUUUUAAUUGUGUGUAUCGCUGUGUUGCUUCCCUCUUCAGGCUGUUGGUUUAAGUAUCCUUUACUAUGGGAAAUCUGUAACAUUCUUCAUUUCCACCUCUAGACUCAAAUAAAAAUAUUUAUUUUCA